AGUCAUUGUAAUAUGUAUAUAAUCUAACCAUGUACCAACGCAACUAAUGUAUAUGUAUAUUUCAACUCAGAAUUACUCGGCAAUUUUUAUUUUACAUAAUAAGAACACGAUUUUAUGGAUGGAAAUUAAAGUCAUUCCUGCAGUUAGAUAGAUAUGAUUUACGUAUAAAAGUAGGAAAAAACGUCGCAGAAAAUUUCAGUUUUAUUGUGGUAUCUGAAGACUAAAGACAUUCAUUAAAAUCAUGGAACAGUGGAAGAAUCGCGUAGCUAUCGUCACUGGUGCUUCGGCAGGAAUUGGUGCGGCGAUUGCAAAGGAUCUCGCGAAGGCAGGAAUGAUUACAAUUGGAUUGGCGCGAAGAGUGGAAAGAGUUGAAGCUCUCAAGAAGGAUCUUCCAGCAAAUGUCCAAGGAAAUCUUCAUGCUGUCAAAUGUGAUGUGUCGAAUGAGGAUGAUAUUGUGAGAGUAUUUGCUUGGAUUGAUAAGAAAUUCAAUGGGAUUGAUGUGUUGAUCAACAAUGCCGGUAUUCUUCGAGAAACUGAAUUAAUUAAUAAGGAUAACUCUUCAAAAAUUCGUGAAGUGAUCAACACAAAUGUAUUGGGUUUGGUUUUCUGCACAAGAGAAGCCUACAAAUCAAUGGAAAAGCACGGAAGGAAUUCUCACGUUGUCCAUAUUAACAGCGUGGUCGGACAUAAUAUUAUCCGAAAUCUUCAAAUGCCUUCUCAUAAUAUUUAUCCUCCAAGCAAAUUCGCCGUGACCGCCAUAGCGGAAAUCCAUCGUCAGGAAUUUAUAAGGAGCAAACAUCACAUCAAGGUGACUUCUGUGAGCCCUGGGGCUGUAAAGACCGAGAUUGUUUCCAAAGAAUUAUUGGAAAAAUUUGGUGAUCUUCCUUUCCUUGAGGCUGAAGAUGUGUCCCAGAGUGUCCUUCAUGUCCUUGGCACCCCUCCCCAUGUUCAAAUUCAUGAGUUAACCAUUAAACCCUUUGGGGAACAAUUUUAAAAAAAAUAUUAAUUGUCUUAUGAUUAAAUCACUUCCAAAAUUACGUCUAGAAAAUGAUAAAAUUCAGAUAGAUAAUGUUGAAUGUUUAUAGAAAAUAAACCUUCUAAUAUUUCAAA